ACAUGGCGACGUAUGCUCUGAGAGCGAAGGAAUUUGAACUACUCAUUCCGUCCCUAAAGUAGGAGCAAAAACAGCUGCUUAAAUAUCAAUCUCUUUUCAGUACAUUUUGGUUCUUGCUUGAUGGUGUUUGGAUGGAAAAAUGAUGCAAAAAAAGGAAAAAAUACUCUUUGUACAUACUGUCGUGCAACCACCUACCCCUCCUGUGGUCGUCUAGCGUGGAUCUUUUUGGCCCUUUUUGUGGAGUGUCAAUAGAUCAGCGGUAAAGAUAUGAGCCUUGGUUGUGGUGUACAGGCAAGCCUUGGUAUGAGAUAUGUAUGUCAGCCUUGGUUCAAGGUCUUUGGAUGAUCCUUUGUUGUCUCCUGUGCUCCUUCUGAGAAAACAAAGGGAAGUCACAUCUCAAGUUGUACUUCAACUUCACACAACAAGGUUGUAUAUAUCCUCCAAGUGCAAGUCAUCAACAGUGAAUUUGUGUGUACUUAUGGGUUGCAACCCCUGGGGUGGGGUUAUGCCUGGCGGGUGGAGAUGCCUGGCUGAGAUAGACAAUGAUUUUUUUGAAAAUUGCAGUAAUGGAGGAAUCGUUUGGGAUGUCUUCCGGAAUGAAGAGUUUCAAGGCGAUUUGUUGAUGUACUGAUUUCAGAUUGAAACAAGCAAGGCAAGAGACCAGAGACAAACACCAACUGAAUCGGACCGCCACCGCCCCCCAUCACAGCCGCCUCUCUUCGAAGACUUUUAAAUAUUUAUGAAAGUAAUACGCAUGUGUAUUAAGACAGAUAUGUGGUAGCACAAAACGCAUGAUUUUGAAAUAAACGUUAAUACCACAAGGUAGACAAGGUUUUGAAAGGCUAAGAAAACUUUCUGCAAGAGGUGGGCGUGGUGGGGGAGGUCGGAUGGGUGAAAGGAAAAAACUGUUCAAUUGUUGUAAAUAAACAACUGUAAAUUAAAGUAAGGAUUGCAAUAUUACUAUAGCAAUGAAUAUUGGAUCAUUGUACUGUAAUGUUGGUAAAAAUGUAAUAAAAAAUGUUUAG